AUUUUAACUGCUAAGUGACCCUGUGUGUCCCAAUUCUCAAUCUCCAUUUUCCAUGGCGAAUCCAAUCUCUUCUAUUCCCCUCCAAGAGAGAAUCCCUGGUAGAAACACCCUACAGAGAGUCCUAGACCUCAUCAUCUUCUUUCUCCUCCUUCUCUUCCUCUUCUAUCUUCUAUUAUCAUUCAACGUUCAUGGCGUAGCUUGGAAGCUUGCAUUCUUCUGCGAGUCAUGGUUCACCUUCUGCUGGAUCCUCACCAUGAAUGCUAGAUGGACUCCUGUUGAUUACACCACUUACCCUGAACGCCUCUUACAAUGGGCCGGUGAUGAGCUACCCCCAGUGGACAUGUUUGUGACAACAACAGAUGCAGUUCUUGAACCACCAAUUAUCACUGUCAACACUGUGCUCUCCUUGUUGGCUGUAGACUACCCAGCUCACAAGCUAGCUUGCUAUGUAUCUGAUGAUGGAGCUUCUCCUCUUACCUUUUAUUCUCUUGUGGAAGCAGCUAAGUUUGCAAAGCUUUGGGUUCCUUUCUGCAAAAGAUAUGAAGUUCAAGCUAGAGCCCCCUUCAUGUAUUUUUCUACUGAGCCCACCAAAACAAAUUCCCAUUUCUCAUCGUCCGACUUCCAAAGGGAAUGGAAGAAGAUUAAGACCAGAGUCUCAGGAGUGAUGACAAACUCCCCUUUCAUGUUCAACGUCGAUUGUGAUAUGUUCGCAAACAACCCAAAGAUUGUUCUCAUGGCAAUGUGUCACGUACUUGGUUUCGAGAAAGAAAGCGAAAGCGGAUUUGUUUUGUACCCACAAAAAUUCUAUGGAAUCUCAAAGGAUGACUAG